GGAAAGAGUUACAAUAAAUCCCCUUUCUUUUGUGCACUCGUAUCCUCAGUAGCUGACAGUGACAGGCGAAGAGCCUUCCACUUGUCAAAUCUGAAACCAUGGCCGAGAACAUGACUCUGCUGUGGGGCUCCGGCUCUCCUCCCUGCUGGAGGGUCAUGAUCGCUCUGGAGGAGAAGAACCUGCAGGGCUACAACCAGAAACUGCUCUCCUUUGAGAAAAUGGAGCACAAGUCCCAAGAAGUGUUAGAUAUAAAUGCCAGGGGACAGCUUCCCUCUUUCAAACACGGGGACAUCAUCGUGAAUGAAUCCUACGCAGCCUGUUUUUACCUGGAGAGUCAGUUUAAGUCUCAGGGAAACAAGCUGAUCCCAGACAACCAGGCAGAGCAAGCACUGAUGUACCAACGCAUGUUCGAGGGUCUCACGUUCUACGAAAAACUCAACGCAGUUAUCUACUAUGACUGGUUUGUCCCUGAGGAGGAGAGGCAUGACUCAGCUAGAAAGAGAAACGGGGAAGCUCUGGCCACUGAGCUCAAGCUCUGGGAGGGCUACCUGCAGAAGCUGGGCUCAAACUCUCACCUGGCAGGACCGUCCUUUUCUUUGGCUGACGUGAUCGUUUUUCCUAUUGUCGCUACUCUUUUCAGAUUUGGGUUGUCUGCUGAGCAUUACCCAAAACUGGGAGAGUAUUACGCUCUGCUGAAGGAGCGGCCCAGCAUCAAAGCCAGCUGGCCUCCUCACUGGCUGGAGAACCCCAAGGGUCAAGACACACUCAAAGAUAUCUGAGAACCACACGCACGUUACAGUCACAUCUGCUUGUGUUUUGGUUUCCAUAAAAAGGGUUUUGCUUUUGUUUAAUAUAGUUUUCAGCUCACAGUUUGUCAAAUAUGAUACAGCUUGUUAACUUUUCUGAUUAUAAAAAGGAAAGUAAGUGUUGAUUACUAGUGUGCUCUCAAUAUAUCAGUCUUACAAGGGCAAAAAUGUGCAUCUUAUUUUUUAAUUUGUAAAACUAGCUUUUAUUUUUAGGUUUUUCAGCGAUGUUUCUGCCAAAUCUGUGACAAAAAUCCGUUAAUAAACACAGGAUAGGUUGCAGGGUAACAGGCAAAUGUCACAUUGUGAUAUUGUUGACAUAGCAGAUUUUGUUGCCAAGAUACAGUGGUGGAAAAAAGUUUUCGGACACCUUUAAAAUUUUACACAAUCUCAAAUAUUAUCAUGAAAUAUUUGUGGAAAAAUCUUUUUUGUGUUUCAAAAGGUGUGGCUGCAUUAGACAGAUACAAACAAAUACAAAUUAUAUUUUUUUGUUUAUUGUUUACAAGAAAAACUAACAAAACUAAAUUCUUGACAGUUUCAAUAUGUCAGUUCUCAACAUUGUCGGUAUCAAAGUCAACAAAUAACAGAGAAUGUGUUCAAAACUGAACAAAAAAUAAAUAAACCAUCACAUCAUCAAAUUAAUAUUUAGUAGUCCUGCCAUUGGCACGUAGUAGAGCUCUAAUCCUGGCUGGCAUGUUCCCCACGAGCCUUUCACACUGUUGAGGGGUAAUCUUGUCCCAUUCUUCUUGAAUUACUGCUUUUAAUUCUUCUAAAUUCUUUGGUUUAUGCUUUGAAACAGACCUUUUGAUAAUCCACCACAGAUUUUCAAUGGGGCUCAUGUCUGGGGAUUGAGCUGGCCACUCUAAGACCUGGAUACUGUGCUCCUGCAGCCAAGUUCUACUGGCCUUGGAUGUGUGGCAAGGGGCAUUAUCUUGUUGAAACAUCCAGUUUUUACCUCGACGGAACAGUGCACGCGCAGAAGGGAGCAUGUGGGUUUCGAGAAUGGUACAAUACUUGGUAGAGUUCAAUGUGCCAUCACAGACAGUGAGAUGACCAACACCAGCAGCACUCAUGCAUCCCCAAACCAUGAUACUGCCUCCACCAUGCUUGACAGUAGGUACUGUACAUGCUGGAGAUAAUGCUUCGCCUGGCCUUCUGCGUACCCUCACAUUAGUAGGAGGAAGAUAAAGCUGGAAACUGGACUCAUCUGACCACAAAAUCUUCUUCCAAUUCCUGGCUGUCCAGUUCUUGUGUGCCUGGGCCCAACGACGCCGGGCUAACCUCUGUCUCUCAUUGAUCAGGGGCUUCUUGAUAGCCUUGUAGGACCUUAAGCCAUGAUCUAAAAGUCGGCCACGUACAGUGCGGGUGGAAUACUGGACACCAGUUUGGUUUGACCACUGCUGCUGAAGCUCCUGUGAUGUCAUUCGGCGGUUUUGCCUGCACAUGCGGAUCAGGAUGCGGCCAUUUCUUGCUGAAGAAACCCUUGGAUGCCCACAUCUUGGUUUGUCUUCCAAGCUGUUGGUUCGUCUGUAUUUCUGCAGAGUGUAUCCAACUGCUGAAGGACUGCAUCUGCACUUCCUGGCUAUCUGGCGGCAGCUGUACCCUUCCUGGCUGAGAAUCGUUAUCUUCAGGCGUGUUUCCUGCGUUAGGUUCCUUGUUUUAGCCAUUUUUGUGUCUGAAGAACUUUAAAAUGUGCUGGCUUUAUGUAGACACGAAGCUUGGCAACAAAAAUUGUGUCUUUUAAUAAAAAGAACGACCUUCAUCACUGGUACCAAAAUGACCCAAUACUCAAAAUUUCUUAUGUGUUUUUAUGGAACCAAUCAAUUUUAAGUUUUUAAUGGCUUUUUUAGGAUUUAUUUAGUAUUUUGGCUGUGACUGUAAUGCAAUAUUUCACAAAUGCAUGGGGUGUCCGAAAACUUUUUUCCACCACUGUACAUGGCAUGUGUCUAACAUCAAUGUUGUUGACUAAUCACUAUACUCACUAUCACUAUAACAGCAGUUUGUUUGGGCUUUCCUAUGACGUCAGUUGUUUUCGUUUAAUAGCUUCCAACCUCUCUCUUGUUCUAAGUAACCACCGCUACAGCCAAUGUGUCUUGUAGGCUUUACACACUAACUGCAUCCUACACCAGUGUACUGCCUCUACAAUUGUACUGUAGCAUUGCAAAUAAAACCAUGUCACUGCCAGAGACGUGAACAAA